AUGAGCGGCAGAGGCGGUUACUCGAACGGUUACGGGUACUCCGACGCCAGCCGGUACGAGCGAAGCGAGGGUGGAUAUGGUAACAACACAAAUCUAGGGCCAAAUGGCUAUGGCGCCGGCGCCGGCGGAGGGAGUGGAGGGAGGGACCGCCGCCCUGGAGGAUACGGAGGGUUCUAUCCGGAAGCUUCGCAGCAGCCUUCUUUGUCGCCGAAUCAAUCGCCAGAACGGCGCCGUGACCGCUUCGACCGGGAUGACCGCUCCUAUUCUUCGUCGCGCUCGCGGACUCGAGGGCCGGAUUUGGAUAGAGAUCGGGAACGAAGGCCUCCGGGCGGACCGGGGAACAAUGUGCCCCAUGGGGAUACUAGCAGGCUAGGAAAUGUCGCCGGUCAGCGGAGUGCGACCAGCGCAGGAGGCACACAGGCUGUUGAAGAUGUUUUGCAUUCGAUCCAACGCGAAUGGGAUUUCGUGGCGACCGAUGACUGUGUCCCUGUACAAGUCGCUCUACAACUGAUGGACACAAGCACCUUGGGGAAAGCGGAGCGCGAACCCGACUUUCUCGACGUACACCAGAAGAUUCAGCAGACAUUGAAAGCUAUCGUCAAUGAGCAUCAUCAGGGAUUCAACAGCUCUAUCGGUACAUAUCACAAAAUUCAGUCCAGCAUACAGAGCUCACAAAGUCGGGUGCGGAACUUGAGGCAUGCUCUUGAAGACGCAAAAGCUGGCUUGUUGUCAACGAAACCUGAGUUAAAGGAGCUGGCGACGUCUUCUCAGAAAUACGACGACAUAAUCCAGCUUUUCAGCCAGAUCCAGGAGAUACAAUCUUUACCGGAGAAGUUGGAGUCUCGACUAUCCGACAAACGGUUCCUCGGCGCAGUUGAGGUACUCCACGACGCCCUCCGGCUUCUGAGACGUUCGGAGCUGGAGAACAUCGGGGCUCUUGCGGAUAUUCGUGCCUACUUUGAGAAUCAAGAGUCGUCAAUUACGGAUAUCCUGGUCGAAGAACUUCAUGAUCAUCUGUACCUGAAAUCUCCAUACUGCGCCGAUCGAUGGAAGCCACCAAGUCCAGAUUCUGAGAGCACAGGUCUCAACGGCGCUGGGCCGAGCUCUUGGGAGCGACCUGUAUAUGGAUUUCUUGCAAGGCUUGAUGCUUCAAAACCCAUGGUAGAGGAUGCCUCUCGAAAUCCGGAGGCUGACACGUUCGCAUAUAUACAACUUCUCAUCGAAUCUCUGAACAAAAUGGGGCAUUUGGACAUAGCAGUCAACAGCAUCGAACAGAGGCUUCCGGUAGAGCUCUUCACGGUCGUCGAUAAGACGAAUGCCGAAAUUGAUGCUCGCUACCCAUUACCACGAGGCUCCAUGGCACAAGACGGCAAAGCAAACUCUCCCACGGAGUUGAUUGAGAAACGUGGUCAUGUUCUGUCCGAGUUUCUGUGGACGCUUUAUGCAAAAUUUGAGUCGAUUGCCGAGGGGCAUCGGGUCGUUCAUGAUAUUAUCGGCGCCAUUGUAGAGCGUGAGGGGAUUCCCAAGAGCAACUCUCUGGCCGGUGGCUUUAAAGAGCUAUGGAAACUCUAUCAGAGCGAGAUCCGGUCGUUAAUGCACGAUUACCUGGCCACUGACGGUGACUCCUCGAUUCGACCGGAUGAAGAGGCCGAUGCACGACGCCAAAUGUACUCGGGAUACAGAGAUAAGAACAAGAAACUGUUCAAGCUAUCAGAAACCGACCGAACGAGCGAGAUGAAAGCAGAACAGAACGAAUUGGACGAAAUCCUGAGGUCAUCCGUUCCUGGUCUCGUCUCCAAAUCGGAAGAAAAAGAGCAGUCAAACAAGGCCUCGGACUCAAGACAAGGUACAGGACACAAGAUCCUCAUCGAGCCCAGCGUGUUCAACAUGAGCUUGCUCCUUCCGCCCUCGCUUUCCUUCAUCCAGCGAUUGAAGGAUAUCGUGCCCUUGGACUCUGACAUGGUAACCGGCUCUCUCACCUCCUUCCUCGACGACUUUCUUGUCAAUGUCUUUCUGCCGCAACUUGACGAGACUGUGAGCGAGCUUUGCACUCUCAGCUUUAUUGCCCCAGAUGCCUUCACGGAGGACCCUCAAUGGUCGACGAUCUCACCACGACCUGUGUUCAAGGGAACGGUCAAAUUUAUGUCGACUGUGCGAGAGUUCAGUAAAAUGCUGUCUAGCAUUCCUCACGACCAAGCUUUUACACAACUCCUUCUAAGCCAGAUCGUAACAUACUAUGACAAGUGUUGUGGGUGGUACAAAUCCAUCGUUACGAAACGCUCAACGCGAACCCAAGGAGGUGUGCGCCUCAAGGCAGGUGCAGCCUUUGCUGAAUCAGGACCAAUACACGACCUAGUUGUUGAGUUGUGGAAGGGCUCCUAUACCAACAAACAGGAGCUGAUUGAUAAGGUUUGCUUCUCAUUCGAUCUCUAA